ACAGGUCUCUCCCCUGUCAGUGUUUCUCGGCGAUUGCCGAGUGUCGCUCCUGCACACAUACAAAGCUGUGUUCUUAUAGUUGAAAGCACACACACAGCUUACAGUAAAACAGCACACAGUUAACCCUUUGAUCACCCCAGAAGUUAACCCUUUCCUGUCCAGUGCAAUUAGUAUAGUGUCAGUGCUUUUUAUUUAUUAACAUUGAUCACUGUAUUGGUGUUACUGGAGAUGUCAGUGACACCAAGUCAGUUCCCCCAGUGUCAGAAUGCCCACCGCAGUCCCGC